AUGGUAUCUCCACGAAGCGUGUCUCAUUCUCAUGAGUUCCCCUACGAUCCGACUGGAGUCGAAAGCCUGAAAUGGCUCUCUUCGAUUCUCCAUAUUCUGGUACCCGACGAUCUCCUUGCUCCGAGCCUGCGUGAUAGUUUCAUUACUGCAUGUACGAAUGGCAAGGCAAUACCUGACAUACAAAGACUCCCCAAAAAUCUAUGUACUCAUCUCCCCCCGUCAGGUUGGCUUAUGUCAAGGCUUGUCGAGUGUGUGAUGCAGGAUGCGACGCUCUCUUGUUUGAGUGAGAGGUUCAAGACGCUUGUCAAUGAGAUCAUACCAGCAGCCGAAGUCUCAAACUUGGAAAGCUUUGGUCACGCACACAAGUCGGACUCUGAGAGUGAAUGUCAAGGCAAAAUAGUACAAUUCAAGACACACGCCCUGAGGAUAGAAGAGGUGAAAGGGAGUUGUUCCAUGAAACUUCAUGAUGGACCGGACUUUCUGCUUCAUUUCCAACGUUUAUUUCCAGGUACUCAGGAACUCAUUUCAGGGAAUGAAGCCAUGGUGAAUAUUAUACAAACUUUUGCAGUUGAACCAUCCCAAAUAGGGAGUAAGACACAUCCUCAGUCUGAGUACACACCUUCACCCAAACAGACCGCCUUGAACAAUAGGUUUUACCUUCCAGUAGUUCAAGCUGUAAGGUCAACCGAGAAGGCAUCCAGUCAAUCUGAUCGAUCAUCCUCUUCACUUCACAUACCUCCACCGGUGAUUCAAGAGAAUGAGCAGGUUUCCAGAGAUUGGGAAGCCGCACCAAGUAUGGGAUCCAUUCUAAAUCCUGAUGGCAAUCGAACACAUUUCCGUUUUAAUCCAAUAGACGGAAGUGGUUCAGUCUGGGGAGAUGGUGAUCAAUUGUAUCUGUCCAUUGGUAAUCUGGCUGAGGAGGAGACUGGAUGGUCGGUGCAACUUGCAAGUUGUGCAACCCGUGUUCCACAUUUGAUGUUUUACUUGAACUCUGAGAUACAACAGAUAACACUGUUGAGAAGAGAAGAAGACAAUGAUUGGCUCAUUUUUCACAAAGUUGGGGACAAACCGAGCAUCAUUUGCCUCGUUAAUACUCAAGGACAAGUAGUGGAAAGUUUUGAAAAGCUGGAAGAUCUGUCACCAAUUGGAAAGAUUCCUUCCAGCUGGAAUUCUAAAACGUUUGACUAUCCCCCAGCACAUAUUUGGAAAGAUAGGGUAGACAACCCCAUCUUAUCUCAAGCACCCGUCAAAGUUACUUCAUCUUGGCAGGUUAUAUCCGAAGACGUGAAUAGCCUAAAUCGUUUGCAGCAGCUGUCUAAUAUUUUCGAGGAAUCACCGGGGUCCAUGGAUAGUGCAAGUCUGGAUAAUUCACCCUUUGAACAGACUGCCAGUAUGCCUGCCACACCUGAUACUUCCAAUCUCUCCCUUGGGCCUCUCUCUUUGAAGUCUGCCAACGAAUCCAAACUGAGAGAGCUAGACCUACCACUUUUGAGCUCAUUUGGCACCCCAGAUGGUGUAAGCGAACCAGAUAUGUACAUACAGUGCUGA